AUGUAUUGGAGAGAGAUUGAGAUUGUUCAACAAAUCAUGAGAUCACAACUUUCUCUUCCAGAUCGUUGAAGGUGGAAAAACAACCCAUGUCAUAGAUGGAAAAGAAUCUUCUCAAAGCAACUGGCUGCGUUUCGUCAACUGCGCACGGAGUGAAGAAGAACAAAACCUUGUCGCCUAUCAAUAUCGUGGUGAUAUUUUUUACCGUGUGUACAAAGAAAUAGUAGCAGGUGGUGAACUAUUGGUUUGGUACGGGGAUGAAUAUGGAGAAGAACUUGGUAUACGGAUUUUACCAAAUAAGGUUAAUGAAGAUGAAAAUGAGAAACAAGUUGGUGUACCAAUUGUAUCCAGUCAGGUGACGAAGAUGGAUGAAGAUGAAGAACAGCUUGAUAUGCCAAUUUUACUGCAUCAUGUGAAUGAAGAUAAAAGUGGAGAUCAACUUGGUAAAACGAUCCUUCCAAAUCAAGUGAACGAAGCUGAAGAUGAAGAGCCACUUGACAUAUCAAUUCUGAAUCGAGUUAACGAAGAUGAAAAAUCGCCAGGAAAAGGUAGGUCAAACGUUUAUCAUAAACAAAUGCGAGUGAAUUUUUUCAAUGUUAAUAUUGUGCCUAGUGGAUCAAACUUUAAGUUUCCGAUUAUUAAUUGAAUGAGUUUCCAAUUUUGUGGUUUAUUUUAUACAAUUGUUUAUGACGAUCAAAAAAACCUACGGAACGAAACGUCCAAAGAUACAAGGAUGUUUAUUAUAUGCAGUGUUUGAAAUUGAGCAUUAUUCUCAAAAAAUUGAACAACAUACAAUGCAAAAGUUUCAUUAGGUAAUAAUUUACAUAUUAUAUCGAUAGCAUGUAGUUGAAUAAUUUCGGUUUAAUGAUCGAAAUUACUGCUACAAAUAUAUAAGUUCUUUGUACGUUUGCGUGGCGAUAAAACAUAUAAUAGUUUUGUCUGUGGAAACACCACGUAAAUUUAUUACUGCAAAGCUUUCGAUCCGUAAUUAUUACAACAUAUAUUGUAACAUAUUAUUAGCACUAAUGAAGAUUCGGGCUUGCGGAUCGAAAGCUUUGCAGUAAUAAAUUUACAUGGUAUUUCCACAAACAAAACUAUUAUGCAAAUAUAUAGUUCGUGUUUUCCACUAUAACCAAACCACCAUGCGAACCUUUACCAGCUUACUACUCCAUAUGUGUUUUUUAGAAGGUGAUCACACAUGUAAACAUUGUGGACGAAUAUAUUCUUAUAAGAAUUACCUGGAAGCUCAUUUGAAAAGAUGUCCAAUGUUGGUAUCGUACGAAUCCUGGGAAUGUUGUCAUUGCGGGAGAAAGUACAGUAGUGAGGAUUAUCGCAAUGUACACGAGAAAGAUUGUAGGAAUCCUGAAUCUUCAAAAUGUCGCGUCAACAUCAGUGUCAAAGUUAAACAAUGUCACCAUUGUGGUAAAAUAUUUACAAUUGAAAGCCAAUUGAUGAGACACGAAAGAAUACAUAAUGGAGAACGUCCAUAUCAAUUAUUGUCGACAGUGUGA